UCUAUUUCAAGAGAGGUGCAGAUGUUGCAGUCUCUUGUUAUUGCCGAUGAUGUUGAGGAUGCCGACGAUGCUUCUUCUACCAGCGACAUUGUUUGCUGCGAGACUGAUCUGGCUGGCCUGCCCAGUUUUGUGAAGAUUGUGGAGGUCGGACCCCGGGAUGGCCUGCAAAAUGAGGCGGGCGUGGUUCCCACAGAGGUCAAAGUUGAGUUCAUCAACAAGCUGGCCGAGGCGGGACUGCCGGUCAUUGAGGCCACCAGCUUUGUCUCGCCCAAGUGGGUGCCUCAGAUGGAGGUUGGAGCCAAUGAGGUGGCGAUAUUUGGUGCGGCCUCAGAAACAUUCAGCAGGAAGAACAUCAACUGCUCCAUCCGUGAGUCAUUGCAAAGGUUCAAAGAAGUCACAGAGGCUGCCAAAGAAGUCAACAUUCCAGUGAGAGGGUAUGUAUCCUGUGUGUUGGGCUGCCCGUACGAAGGAGAUGUCAAAGCUGAAAAAGUGGCAGAGGUGGCGAAAGAGCUGCUGGACAUGGGCUGCUACGAGAUCUCUCUGGGUGACACCAUCGGGGUGGGCACGCCUGGAGCGGUCAAGCACCUGGUGUCGGUUGUCUCUGAGGUGGUGCCUUUGUCCAAGAUUGCUGUGCACUGUCACGACACGUACGGCCAGGCUCUGGCCAAUAUACUGGCUGCUCUACAGAUGGGUGUGAGUGUGUUUGACAGUUCGUCUGCUGGUCUGGGCGGCUGUCCGUACGCUAAAGGGGCCAGUGGCAACGUAUCGACAGAAGACGUGGUCUACAUGAUGAAUGGGCUGGCCAUCAACACUGGUGUUGACAUCCACAAACUGAUCGACGCUGGUCACUUCAUCUCCACCGCCAUCGGUCGCCGGACGUCCUCCAAGGUGGCUCAAGCCACCAAAUGUUCUUUAUGACGGACGACAGUACAGUGUCUCACCGGUGAUGUCACCACACAGGAUGUAGCGAGAUUGGAAUGGGGACGAUUUAGGAUGUGUGCAUGAUGAUUUGUCAGCUGGCCAGCAGGGAGGACUUAGAGAAAGUUCUUUUUUCUCUUUCUUUCUUUCCUCCCUCUCUCUCUGUCUCUCUUUCUGUCUCUCUUUUUAUCUCUCUCUUUGUCUCUGUCUCUGUCUC